AUUUGCUAAUCUGAUCCAAAUUGAACGGCUGGGUAUCACUGUGACAAAGCCAUGGCGAGCACUUGCAUCGUUGGUUUAUUAACCCCCUCAUCCUCUACGUCUUUCGUUUCCAACAGAGCCGGAGCUGGUGGCGGCACAGUGAAACGGUUCGUUUCGUGUUCGUGUUCGUGCUCUUUUUUCCCUUCCUCCAACGAGUUCGGCUACCCGAGGAUCUCGUGCUCUUCGGCGUUGGAGCCUAUUGCCAGAGCUAGGGUUUCGGGAGUUUUGGGCGUUGUAAGCGAAGCCGAAACAGUGGUCGCGAAGGGAAGUAAUGGUAAUGUGGACUACGAGAACGACGACGUCUUGGUGCAGGAAUGGAAGAAGCGGACCAGACCGUGUGAGCUCUACGUGUGUAAUCUCCCCACGAGUUGCGGCAUUGUAGAGCUGCUUGAAAUGCUUAAGCCUUUUGGAACUGUACUGUCUGUCGAGAUUUCUCGGAAUGCUGAGACCGGUGUAAGUCGGGGAUGCGGUUUUGUGACAAUGAGUUCAGUAAAUGAAGCAAAACUUGCAAUUGCUGCGUUGGAUGGAUCUGAUAUCGGCGGCCGAGAAAUGCGGGUUAGAUUUUCGGUUGAUAUGAAUCCUAGGAGGAGGAAUCCUGAGGCAUUGAAUUCAGCGCCCAAGAAAGAGAUAGUAUAUGAAAGUCCUCACAAGUUAUAUGUGGGCAAUCUUCCCCGAGAUGUUAAACCUGAAUAUUUGAGGGAUCAUUUUAGCCAAUUUGGGACUUUGCUUAGCGCAAGAGUGUUGCAUGAUCAAAAAGCAGGAAAAAACCGUUGUUAUGGGUUUCUCUCCUUUUCUUCAGCUGCAGAACGUGAUGCAGCUAUAUCUUUAAAUGGAACAGAGUUCCUUGGUAGAACAAUAGUAGUUAGAGAAGGCGUGGAAAGGACCAAGCCCUAACUGAAGUUUUGCUUGCUGCAUACAUGCUAUAUUGAGGAUUCUUCUGAUAGAAAUCAGAUAGUUUGGAGCACCCUUUGUCGGUGAGAUUUUUAGGCAGGACAGGUAAGUUUCCAAAUGCGCACAAAAUUCAAAGUUUCGAUACUCUUUAAAGUUUUGUUGUAUGUCAUCUUCACAUUGGCGAUGCCAAUGGGUUAUUCUGGUGAUAGUGGUUGGUCUAUUUAAGUGAAUUUUAGCCCCCGAACUAGCUUGACUAGUGGUGUAUGGGAUAUCAUGUUGUCAGUUGAUGGUUUGGUUACUGGACUGCCACUGAUUCUGAGCUCAAUGCAUCCCUUUUUUUUUUCGGCAA